AUGCCUGCCCCUCUCCACUCGCGUCCUCAGCCUUCAUAUGCCUACGGGCAGGAAGGCCCGUCCUCGGGGACUCAUGGCCCUCGAGUCCAUGUGUCCCAUGAGGAUGAGGAUGCUAUUGCCCAUAUUCAUCGAACUCUGACUGAAAAAAGCCAUCCUCAAUAUUCAGAGCCACAUUCAUCAUUUGACAAAUUCCUAGAAGAACAGGUUCAGAAUGGUAAGAAACGAGUCAAUAUUGGUGUUUCUUUCCAAACUGUUUCGACCUGGGGCGAAGGAAAUGGCCAUGAUGCUGUGAAAACGCUGGGAACUGCCUUAUGGCGUACUCUUACAAUGCAGGAUAUCUAUGAAUGGACCAUCCAGCCAUGGCGAACGACGAAGAAGCCAGAAGAGGGCCGCCCUCUGAUCAAAGACUUCUCGGGAGUUGUAGAAAGUGGUGAAAUGAUGCUGGUUCUGGGACGCCCAGGAGCUGGCUGUUCAACCUUUCUUCGAACAAUUGCUGGACACCACUCUUCUUUCUUAGGUGUGACGGGCUCCAUAGACUAUUCUGGGCUGAGCCCCGACGAGAUCCGCAAGCACUACCGCAGUAUGGUAGCAUAUGUGCCAGAAGAUGAUGUACAUUUCCCGACCUUGAAUGUGCGGCAGACUCUGGAAUUUGCAUUGCAGAGUAAAACCCCCAAGCGGUUUCAGGAACGUAUCCCACGCUAUCUGGAGAUUUAUGGCCGAGUCUUCGGCAUGACCCAUACGAUGAACACCCUCGUUGGCAACGAGUUCAUCCGGGGUGUUUCGGGUGGUGAACGCAAGCGGAUCUCCAUCAUCGAGUCGCUGGCAACCGAUUCAUCAGUGACAUGUUGGGAUAAUUCAACCCGCGGACUGGAUGCUUCCUCAGCCUUGGACUAUGCUCGCAGUCUGCGCAUCAUGACGGAUACCUGUGGGAAAGCAACUUUACUCACGCUUUACCAAGCCUCUGACGCUAUUUACGAGUUGAUGGACAAACUGCUUCUCAUCGAUGAGGGACGGAUGCUUUUCCAGGGCCCUGCACACGAAGCCAAGCGUUAUUUCGAAGAUCUCGGAUACGAGUGUGCCGAUAUGCAGACUACAUCGGACUUCUUGACCAGCAUUACAGUCCCGGAGAGACGCAGGUUCCGCCCCGGAUGGGAGAACCGUGCCCCCAAAGGCCCUAUUGAGCUGGAAGCUGCAUUCCGACAGAGCGCCGCCUUCAAAAACGUCGAACGGUCUAUUGAGCGAUACGAAGAACAACGGACUGGUAAAUCAUCGUCUGCGACUAGCCAGUGCGAGUCAGAAUGUGACAGUGUGGAGGAAAUCAAACGGAACAUGCAGAGUGACAAAUCUCGCUUCGUUUCAUCCAACUCACCGUAUACCAUCUCGCUGUUUCGCCAAAUUGUGCUCUGCAGCCAGCGGCAAAUGUGGCAGUUGAAGGGUCACAUGGGACCAUUGUACAUCAAGUUGAUCUCAGCGGUAGUAUACGGACUCUUGGUGGGAUCAAUGUUCUAUGACCAACCGCAGACCACGGAAGGAAUGUACUCACGAGGAGGUGUUCUAUUCUACUCAUCCAUUCUUCUCGCCUGGCUGCAGAUGUCGGAAUUGGAAGAUGCGAUGCAGGGACGUGACAUCCUCAGUCGUCAGAAAAAGUUUGCAUUUGUGCGACCCAGUGCAGUUUGCUUGGCUCGAGGACUACAAGAUAUGGUAGUGAGCGCGCUUCUCACCUUUUUAUACCUGGUCGUUCUCUACUUUUUGUCUGGUCUGCGCUCGGAGGCUGGACCGUUCUUUAUUGAUUCCUUGUUCAUUUAUAUGUGUACUAUCUGCCUGACAUCUCAGUUCCGUGUGUUUGCCGCCCUAUCCAACAAUUUCGAAGUUGCAUUGCGCUACUGCGGCGUUUCUGUGCUGUUCUGUAUUGUCUUUGGUGGCUACGUCCUAUCCGUUGACAAGAUGAUUCAAGAUGUCCCUUGGGUGGGAUGGCUUGCCUACACGACUCCAGCUUUGUAUACAUACGAGGCGGUCAUGGCUGCCGAGUUCCAUAAUAUGAACUUCACCUGUGCCUCCGGAUCGAUUGUUCCAUCAGGACCAAACUAUACCGAUAUCGCCUAUCAAACUUGCGCGUACGCAGGCAGCCGGAUUGGCAGCACAGUGGUGAAUGGUGACGACUACUUGGCUGCUCAGUUUGGGUUUUACUAUAGCCAUGUCUGGCGGAACUUUGGAAUCCUCUGCCUUUUCACAAUUGCAUUCAUGUUACUCACUUGCUGGCUGAGCGAAGUUAUGGAGUGGGAGUUGGACAGUGCUGGCCCGAUACGAUAUGCGUCGUCCAGAUGGUUCCAAAGAAAAGACCAAAAGCCUGAGCAGAAGACAGAUGAGGAAAAUGCCCCGGUUCCUACAGACCCAAAGGCUGUACCGGUUGCAUACCAAGAAGGAAAUUCUGGGCAGACAUUGGCUGCCACGGAAUCAACAUUCUCCUGGGCUGAUCUAGAGCUCAAUGUUCAAAUUGGCAAGGAGUCUCGAAAGCUGCUGAAUGGAGUCUGCGGUUACUGUAAGCCAGGGACUUUGACAGCACUUGUCGGAGCCUCGGGAGCGGGAAAAUCAACAUGUAAGACUGCAGCCCGUUCCAUGCUAUUCUCUACAUAUGAAUCUUUCAAGCUAACAAAUUUAGUGUUGACUGCACUUACUCAAAGACAGAAUGCUGGCACUCUUUCUGGAUCCUUGUAUGUGGAUGACCAGCCUGUUGAUGGAUCUUUCAACCGACAGAUUGGUUAUUGUCAGCAGAUGGAUAUCCACGAUGAGAGCAGCACUGUUCGAGAGGCCUUUGAAUUCUCAGCUCUGUUACGUCAAAGCCGUGAGAUUCAGAAGGAAGAAAAAAUUGCCUACGUUGAAACGGUGCUUCAAACGCUGGAUCUUGUGGACCUACAGAAUGCUGUGAUUGGAUCAUUGGACAUCGAAAAGAAGAAGCGUGUCACAAUUGGUGUUGAGCUUUGUGCCAGACCUAGACUACUCCUAUUCUUAGACGAGCCAACAAGUGGAUUGGACAGCCAGGGUGCAACUAGUAUUGUGGCUCUGCUCCGAAGAUUGGCAGAUCAGGGACUUGCAGUACUUUGCACCAUUCACCAAGCGAAUCAGCAACAGUUUGAAGAGUUUGACCGAGUCCUCGCCCUGAGCCCGGGUGGAAGCACCUACUAUUUUGGACCCGUAGGCAAAUCGGGCCAGGCAAUCUUCGAUUACUUCACGAAACACGGAAUGAAUCCUCAAAACGUCACCAACGCCGCAGACUUCCUCAUCGAAGUUGCAGUCAGUGGCAUGCAGGCAUCUGGCGUCAGCUGGGCAUCCAUUUGGCGCAGUUCACCAGAAGCCGAACAUGUUCAAAAAGUGAUCUCUGAGAUUCGCCAAGGACACAACCGAGCAGCGUUGCCUUCGUCCUCUCCCCCUUCUAUAUUCUAUCAGACCGUCCUUCUCACCCAGCGAACCUGUCGUCAAUUCUGGAGGACAGCCGAAUAUCCAUACUCGCGUCUCUACUCUUCCUUCCUACACGCUCUAAUCAACGGUCUCACAUAUCUUCAGCUUGGAGACGGUGUCACCGACCUCCAGUCCAAGGCUUUCUCCUGCUUCCUCGUUUUGAUGCUGGUGCCCGAGUUCAUCAACGCAAUCUCCAUGCGUUUCAUCAUGAACCGUGAUAUCUGGCUUGCUCGAGAGGGACCUAGUGGGGUAUACAGCUGGGUUGCGUUUAGCACAGCCCAGAUGCUGUCCGAAAUACCCUAUGCUAUCAUCGGCUCGGUUAUUUUCUAUGUUUUGUAUUAUUUCAUGGUCGGCUUACCAUUGGGCUUCGCAGCCGGAUACAGCUUCUUAAUGUUUUUCUUAUUCUUCCUCUUUGCCACGUCCUGGGGACAGUGGAUUGCCGCGCUGAGUGCCGACUCCAUGGUUGCAGCAACCUUGAUGCCAUUCUUCAUCAUCAUGUGCGAGCUUUUCAACGGCAUCCUCCGUCCCCAUGACCAGAUGCCUGCUUUCUGGAAAUACACCGCCUACUACACCACACCUUUCACCUACUGGGUUGGAGGAGUCCUCACCGCCAUUCUUGGCGGCACGUCCGUUGUGUGCCAGGAAAGCGAACUGACACUGUUCGUGAGCCCACCGAACAUGACCUGUGGCGAGUAUGCGGGAUCCUGGCUCGCUGAGAAGGGUGUUGGAUACCUGUUUGAUCCGAGCAGCACCGGUACCUGUGGGUACUGCGAAUAUAGUCGUGGCGAUGAUUACCUCGCCGGCCUUGGUCUGGAUGACUCGAAGAUGUGGCCUUAUUUUGGUAUUUUCCUGGGGUUCACGAUUGCGAAUUAUCUGAUGGUUUACCUUCUUGUAUAUGUGCGUUCGGUCAUGAAGCCGUUUUGGAAAUGA